GGCAGCGAGCCCCCCGCGACCGCGCCUGCCCCGGCACCACCGCCGGUCGCGGAGGCGGCGGGGCAGAGGUCGCUGCCGACGCCGUUCCUGACCAAGACGUACCAGCUGGUGGACGACCCGGCGGUGGACGACGUGAUCUCGUGGAACGAGGAUGGCUCCACGUUCGUGGUGUGGCGGCCGGCGGAGUUCGCGCGCGACCUCCUCCCCAAGUACUUCAAGCACAACAACUUCUCAAGCUUCGUGCGGCAGCUCAACACCUACGAAGAUCGUGCCGGACCGAUGGGAAUUCGCCAACGACUGCUUCCGACGAGGGGAGAAGCGCCUGCUCUGCGACAUACACCGCCGGAAGGUAGCUCCCGCCGCGCCGGCAGCGGCUUUAGCGACCGCCGCCGCCGCCGCGGCGUCCGGGGCGGUGACGGUGGCCGCGGCGCCGAUACCCAUGGCCCUGCCGGUGACGCUGCCGGGCUCGCCGGCGCUUUCCUCCGACGAGCAGGUCCUCUCCUCCAACUCCGGCUCCGCCGAGGACCACCCGCAGGCGGUGCCGUCCGGCUCCGGGGGCGCGUCCGCGUCGGGCGACACGGGCGAGGAGAACGAGCGCCUCCGCCGCGAGAACGCGAGGCUGACCCGCGAGCUCGGGCAGAUGAAGAAGCUCUGCAACAACAUCCUGCUCCUCAUGACCAAGUACGCCUCCUCCCAGCAGCUCGACGCCUCCGCGGCGCUGUCCUCCGUAGUCAACUGCUCCGGCGAGUCAUCGGAGGCCCUGCCCCCUCCCCCGCCCCUGCCCCCCGCGAUCCUCGAUCUAAUGCCCUCGUGCCCGAGCCUGGCCACCGCGGCCGCGGGCCUCGUGGCCGACGCGGACCCCGAGCAGGCCGCGAGGCUCUUCGGCGUCUCCAUCGGGCUGAAGCGGACGCGGGAGGACGACGACACCGGCGAGGAACCGGCGGACCACGGCAGCGCCGGCGCGGAGGUGAAGACGGAGGCGUCGGAUCCGCAUCAACAUCGAGGAAGCAGCAGCAAGGAGCCGUCGCCGGACCAGCACCCGUGGCCCAUAUACCGGCCCACGCCCGUGUACCACUCGAUGCGCUGCAACGCGCCGGACCAGGGGGCAGCAGGGUCCGACCAAGACGGGUCCAAUUCCAGCCGUCUAAGGUGGAGGGUGCAACAACGGACGACACCCUCAAGUCCUGACCAUUGGUAUCUCAUUACCACCGUCCACCGUUCACCUCCACCGGCUUCGCCUGCAUCACUGCAUGCACCCCGUCCUAGCAGGCUCCUGGCAAUACUUUGUUAAAUGUUACUCCCUCCAUUGUUUUUCACAAAAGGCUCUACAGGCUCUUGCAGUAGGACGUUGAUAUGCUGGGAUCGGACGAGCAAGUACAAAGGCCGAAAAAGUGUCCUGGGCAAAAGGAGUCCCUGAGGCAGGGCCAGUAUCGAGCUUUUGGCAGUAGUUGACGUGGACCGUAAAGCAAAACCUCAUCCCAUUUUAUAGGGUAUAACGCGGUUAUAACCCUUUCUACGGUUACAUACUCCGUAUAACGCGUAUCAAUGUGGCGAGCAAUAUAGCGGUCUUAUUUUAUUAUUUUCCCUA